AUGCCUAGGUCAAGAAGGAGGACUUUACUCUCCUCUCAAUCUCAUCCGGGUCGCUUCCCAUUUCUCGCUCAUACCAUUGCCCGGUUACCUCCUCGUCAACUACCGCUACUAAUCUUAUACUCAUUCAUCGUGGUGUACAUCAGCAAAAGAGGAUGGAUCGCACCUGAAACGCUAGGUAAAUCCGGUGCGGCCGUGGUUGGUGUACUGAGUAUGGUCACUGGACUGUUAUUGAGUUACCGAUUUUCCUCUGCUCUCUCAAAAUGGGAUGAAGGGAAGAAGGUUUGGGUAGGCGUUCGGACGGAUAUAAGAGAUGGGAUUCGCAUGACUCCACUCACGCGGAAUGACAUUCUUCGGCAACAAGACCUGGUACGACAAAGAACGGAUGAGCUCAGCGGACUUCUCGUCGGGUUCUCAUUCGCUUUACAACACCAUCUACACGGUACACGACCUCUUCCUAGACCUCCACUAUCUGAUCUCUUACCUCCACCUUUUCUCUCUUCUCUUAAACGUACCGAAGCCCGUGUUCGAUUCGCCGAGAAACCUCUCGGUCCAUCGGGAAUCACAGUUUUCCCGUCAAACGCAUCUGGGGAGCAAUCGUCCACCGAUUCUUCGCUACCUGGUCUGCGUCGUCGGUCCACGAGUCAGAGAAGGGAGGUUGAUAGUGAGGAUGACGAAUGGGAAUUAUCAAAUCUUCGAGAUAGAGCAGAAGAAGCUAUGGAGAGUUUGGCACACGCUGUAGCUGGAAAGUCAGAAUCCAUGGAUGCAGAGUUGACACAACAAGUGCAACAAUUGAACAUACCGGAGGAGGAGAAGGAAAAGAAGACAGCGGAUAUCAAGAUCAAGGGGAUGGUAAAUGGACAUACGGCGACAAUGGGAGGAACACUAAACAAACCGAGGAGCAAUCUUCAUAGUCCAGUGUCAAACUUGCCUCUGGCUUUGUUAAGGUUGAUGGAGGCUUAUGUGAUUGGGAUGGCAGAGGUGUCAAAGGAAAGAGGAGGAUGGGAUGAGGCUAAGCUGGAAAGAAUGUUAGUUGUGGUGAAGAGUCUGACAGCGCAUUUGGGUGAGGCAGAGCGACUGCAAGCUACCCCACCGCCCUUACCACUCACCCUACAUCUUUCCCAUCUCCUCCUCAUCUACCUCCUCGCUCUUCCAUGUUCACUCCUCUGUGUCGUCUCCGGCUAUCCGGUGGUGUUCAUCACCAUCAUCGCCGCUUGGUCUUUCCUCGGUCUGGAGACUUUGGUGGGUGAGGUUGGAGGUGUAUUCGGCAUGUCCGAAAAUCAUCAUCCUCUUCCCCGCUACACCGAACAAAUCUUUUCUGAAUCCCUCGACAUCUCUCCGGGGUUCGCCAAAUCCUACCGAUCCCGAUUAGUGACUCGAGUAGGGGAAGACGAUGACGAAGUGACACAAUUGGACAACAAGUUGAGAAGAGGAGGAGAACAUUGGCUACCUUCAUUCUGA